UUGGUCAAUGGGCCCUUUAGUGUUAAGGUUACGUCAAAAUUCAUCACUCGAGUUGUCCGCGAAUUCCUCCAGAUACAGCAGUCCGGGAAUGUGGGCCGACAGGCGAAUCGCGAGUUACGCGAUAUGUCUCCUGGUGUUUCAGGUGCGGCUGUCAAACAGUCGCACCUCCUGGAGGCUCAGUGCAGACGGUGUUGUGAAGGCGACACAGUUCGCCUCCUCCGUCGAGGAUGAUCUCGUCUUCGACAUCCUCGCCACCACUGUCAGUUCCAGCAACGGGCAGGGCUGGAGCAAAACAGCGGCCACCGAGAACAGGGAGAAACUCCAGGUCUACUGCAACGAGUACAAUAGCUUUGUCACGGGAAAUCCCGAUCGACGCUUGAUGUCCUACGGAUUGACCGAGCCCUCGAACAUCACUGAGACCAUAUCAUCGUCGACUGGUGGCACCGGUGAACAGAGUGUCUGCGCAACUGGCCAGCAGUGCGAUGACAUUGUCCUGGACUGCGGUAAACCGGUGAAUUACACGUACUACGAUAAUCUGGUGGGCAUUGCCAAUCGAAAUAAGCAUCCGCUGGUGCCGGAGCCACACGUUGCUCUUAUGUUUAAAAAGGGAAGCACUAAGGUCGAGGAUGUCGACAUUGAUCUGCUGGAGAGACGUCUCAAGAAAGCUAAGAGAGAGAAACCAAAGUCCGUACAAUUGUACAACCAGAUUGGCAAUUUCUGGCGCAUAAAGGGCAAUGCUGAACGUUCGAUCGAGUGUUUCAGGAGAGCACUGGCUGUAUCGCCUCAUAAUGCCGAGGUGCUACUGAAUCUUGCAAGGGUUCUAAUGGUCCUGCAGUACCUCGACGACGCGACUUACUUAGCUAGACGUUCGUUGGAACUGCAGCCACCGGAUCGCAAUGCCUGGGAGCAGUACCUCACUCUGGGACAGAUAUUCAAAGCUUAUGGCCACUUUCAAGAGGCGGCUGUUCACCUCCGACAUGCCUUGGAGUUGAAGCCGGAUCUAGCAGAGGCUGCCGAUGCUCUGAAGGAAGUCGAUUCUUUGCCCACUGCUAGCAUACAUGUUUAUACAUUGCUCAUUAUUGUGUGUCUGGUGCUGGGGGUUCUUCUGGUCGUCCUCAGCACCAUAGACUACGACGAGAACAUGACCCUCUCAUCUGAUCAACUUCAACGGCCUGUACAGCGUCAACUAAAUCGCACAUUAACAAUGCGAGGCCUACGGCUCAAUGUACCACGCCAUAAACGUUGUUGACUUUUAGAAUCUGACGAUAUAAUAAUCCGAAAAAACAUGAUUUCAGAUAAAUAAAAAAUGAAAGAUACAAAGAACCCGAUGAAUUGUGAUAGAUCCAUAAGUUUCGAGCAGCCAUGACUCCCUAUUGAGUAUUAAUUUGUGCGAGAGUGCUAAUUCAUGCCAUUUAUUGAUUAUUAUAUUGACGAUCAGAAGAAGAAUACAGUACAAUAGAAUGUGAUAACAA